AUGUUUUUUAGAACUGAAUCUAUAUCCAGUUGGCCUGAAGGUUUUCUUUCUGUGAAUAUCUGUCUGAAAGCUUGUCCUUGCAAAAUGAACAAACUUCCAACUGUAACAGAGAACAGUACUCCUGUAGUGAGUACAAACCAGAUGAUAGGUAUAAACCAGGCACAAAUGGGUCUGCGACCGGUAAUUCCUACUACCCAAGUCCCAACACCUGUUAAUUCAUCCACUGCAGAAAGCAAGGUGCUUGAUAGACGUCGUCUGCAAGAACUUGUCAAAGAAGUAGAUCCCCUUGAACAGCUUGAUGAAGAUGUUGAAGAGGUUUUGCUACAAAUUGCAGAUGAUUUCAUUGAGAAUGUUGUUACAGCUGCCUGUCAAAUUGCUAAACACAGAAAAUCCAAUGUUCUUGAAGUGAAGGACGUUCAAUUACAUUUAGAGCGAAAUUGGAAUAUGUGGAUUCCAGGUUUUGGUUCAGAAGAUUUAAGGCCUUAUAAAAAAGCUGUUGUUACCGAUGCUCACAAACAGAGAAUGGCUCUUAUCAAGAAGACAUUAAAAAAAUACUGA